AUGGAUCGUGUUCGGUGUCGCAUAGUGUUGUUGAUAAUGCUGAUCGCCAUCCGAUCGGCGUGCGUGUUGGGCGAACAGGAGCAGCUGGAAGAAAUCGUACACCAACCGCUGCAAUGUGAGCGAAUCGAUAAUUCACAGUGGGCCCAAACAAGUGGAAGCGAUUGGGGUUCAUUUCACGGCAGGACAGGGGAACGUGUGCUGCGCUGUGACUGUCACGACAGUGUCCGUGUGCGGCGCGGUAACGAGUACGGCGAACAACGGCCCAACUUGCGGAACGCUGCCUUUAUCCUGCCACCGUUCGGGGCAACCACCGUGGCCACCGAUAUUCUGAUCGUAAAUUGCGAGCAACUGCUCGUACCGGCCGGUACGUUCCGUGCGAUCCGCGCCGGUUUCUUGCCAAGAACGAUACGGUUCGUCAACAUCGAACAGUUGACGCUGGAGUCGUUUGCGUUUGAGAGUGGCAGUCCUGCCAGUGGACAACAGAUCGUCAAUCCAAACGAUCCGCAUCCAGUAUUCGGACCAAUCACACUCAGCAUUGAGCGCUGCCAGUUAGACGAACUUCCGGCAAAUGUUUUCCACGGUGCGGCGUUGCGUUCCGUGCUGUUCAGUGGUUCUCAGGUGGGGAUAAUUCGAUCGCUAGCAAUCAGUACACGCUUCCAGCAGUUCAUCUUCUCCGACACCGUGAUUGGGCAAUUCGCCAGACACGCUUUCAAGCGAGCUCAGAUGGAGCAGUUACAUCUUCAAAAUGUAACCAUGACCGGGACUUGGUCCUCCCAAGCCUGGCAAGGACUCAUCGUUAGCAAUGCGAUACAGAUAAGAGACUCCACCUUUCUGCAAACCAUUCAUCCUGCCGCUAUUACAGAGAGCAGUGCUGAUGAAUUGCUACUGCAAAGAAAUAGUUUCAACGAGUCUAUAGCGGACGAGGCUUUCCAGUUGGAAAUUAAAAAUCGCAUACGAGUGAUCGACAACACCUUCGGUCUGCUAUCGUCUAAUCUUUUUAGAGGAGUGAGGAUAUCGAACGACUCCGCAUGGAAUGCACAACCGAACAUUCUGCUCGAGCGCAAUCGCAUCGACACAUUUACCUCCACCAACGAUGCGCACACUUUCUUCAUCUUUCCACGUAAUUUCACCGUCAGUCUGGAAGGGUUCCGUAUCGCUCAGCUUGCGACAUGCGAAAGCACCAACAUAUCAUUCCCAGCGUGGCCAGAAAUCUAUUUCCUGCAACCGUUCGCAACGACAUCACGCGAUGACCCAGAAUCGUACAUCUCCGUAGAACAAUUUCGCGCCCGGGAGGGUUGUGAUUCGGAAGGACCAGAUAUGGUGUUGGUGAUCGUGUUGGCUACCCUGCUGGGAGUCACCAUACUCGGUGCCAUCAUUGGUGGUCUCCUGUGCUGGAGACACUAUCGUAAGAAACAGCGGAUGAUGCUGCUGGAGCAAAACUUAGUGCAACCCGUCCCGAGAACCUAUCGUGAAACACAGAUACUGCUGAAGCUCGAAACGGUCGGUACACUGAAGACGGAUUUUUAAGAGCUAUGACACUCAUCCAAACAAGUGAUAUAAGAGUAUUGCCCGGAUAGUUUGAAUAUGCGCGGUAAUGUAAGACUUCUUAGACUGCGUAUGCCGACAACCUUGGAUAAUCAAAGAAGUGUUGUCGAGGAUAGUCUAGAUCUACUAGAACUACUAGAACUACGAGUUAAGCUAUUAAGCUACUUAGACGAAGGCGAUGUACAUCAUAAGGUAACAUAUCGAAUUAAGGACACAGCACAAAUGUGAAACUACCAAAAACUAAGCUUAUAAAAUCAAGUAUACUCACAGCACCGGAAGAUGGCAGUCGAGAGCGUUGCGAAUAGCCAACAUGGCGUCGGGUACCAUCAGUCCCUUGGCAAGCAGUGUAGUUCCGUAUCGUUCCAGUGUGGCUGCCUCUGGUUCGGUGAGUCUGUCGUCUGGAUCAUCGUCAAAGCGCAACUCCUUCCUCAGCAGAUUACGUGCGCAGCGGCCGCCGAGAUGUGCCAGCUCAUGCUCCAGAGCGAUCAGAGUCCCUCCGGCCGUUCCACUAGCACCUUCCACAAUAGCAUGAUGCGCGUCAACGUGUUCACCUGCCGGGACCUGAUCGGCAUUUUCAUAUCCAAUCACCAGACAUUUGAAUCCGUACGACUGCUGUUUGGGUUCGUUGACGUACGUCGAACAGGACUCGAGGGAAAUCUCUACCUCUCGCCCAGGCAACACCAUGGCCCGGCCCGGACCACCAUAACCCCAGCGGGAGGGUGUAUUAUACAUCCGUACCGUGCACCAAUCAUCCAAA